ACUACCCCUUCUCUCUCUGCCCUGGCUCUGCUUUUCCUGUCUCUACCCCUCGCAUUAAUAACUGUCUGGCACUCAUCUGUGUGGACCAGCGUGCCAACCUGUGCCACUUCAAGGACACCUCUAUCCGCUGUGUGUUUCUGCGUGAAUCAUGUCAAGUUAGUCAAUUACUUUCUGCUCCGUGGAGCCCGCCGGAGUUAAAGUGACGUCUCCACUGCCUGCAAUCUCCCUCCCUCCAUCCUCUCCCUCUCUCCCUCUCCCUCUCUUGUAUCACUUAAUCAAGACAUACUGUAGCUUGCCCUUUCCUGUUCACCGCUGCCUCCCUCCCUGCUACCCUAUUUGUUUGCCCUCGUCUUCUCCUCUUUGGCUGUUUCGCGUCCACCCUCCCUGCCUCGUGAUCCUCGUCGCCCUCCGUUUAAACAAACUCCACACCAGCAAGGCAGCAAGCAAGGACAUGCAGCAGAGAGGUCAGUGAGGAGGAGGAGGAGGAUGACAGCAGAAGAAUAGGAAACGGACAAGGAGGGAUGAGAAAGAGACUGAAGUAAGAGGAGGAAGUGGAACUCCAAAGUGCCUACUGCGAGGGUACGUCUGCCGAGUCUGCUGGAUUACAGCGGGACAGUGUGUGUCUGGCCUUGAAUGGAGGCUGUAUUUUAUCCUGACAGCCACAGAGUCAUCCAUCCCACGUUGCUGAGCUGCAGUCCCGACAUACCCUGAGCUGAGCAGCCACUUCGACUCAUCAUUACAAGGACAUCUCCGUGUAAGACUGUCUUUUUUUUGUUUUAUUUUUGUUUUGUUCUUGUUUUUUGUUUCUAAAGAAAUCUUUAGUUUCCUUGUCAGGCUGCCCAAAUAUAACUAAAGUAGAACUACAGUGAAUGCCCCAGCCUGGCCAUGUUGACGUGAAUGUAAUGGUGAUUUACAGCGGGCUGAUACAGGUGAAUGCACACACUCGGCGACCUAUCCAAGCGACAUGCCAGAGUGAUGCCCUCAGAUUAGUUUCCUUUUUUUCUUCCUUUUUUUGAGACAGAGCUGGCCUCUGCUCACAGUCAAGCCCCUCUAUAUAUCUCGCUGCAGUGAGACUUCAGCUGCCACUUUUCCCAGGAAGAACUAAUAAACAUCCCCCAAAAUACACCAACCAAAAGGACUCGCUGCCUAUUUGCACUGAGGAGAAACCCAAAAUAUUUUUGCUUCUGUUUCCUCUGUGUUGUGCUGGGGGAUUUUUUUUGUCUUGAAUCACCAUUAGUCACCCUUGCUCUCAUCAGACAGUUUUCCGUCAGUUUGCCCCCCGCCGCUGCACAGCGUCUGCAAGCGUCUCUGAUGGCUGUCAGCAUGACCAUGGGACGAGACACCAAAUGGCUGACCUUGGAAGUGUGUCGUGAGUUUCAGAGAGGCACCUGCUCGCGGUCUGACGCUGAGUGUAAGUUUGCACAUCCCUCACGGAGCUGCCAUGUGGAGAACGGCCGAGUCAUCGCCUGCUUUGAUUCGCUCAAGGGGCGUUGCACACGCGAAAACUGUAAAUACCUACACCCACCUCCGCACCUGAAAACCCAGCUGGAAAUCAACGGGAGGAACAACCUGAUCCAGCAGAAGGCCGCAGCAGCCAUGUUGGCUCAGCAGAUGCAGUUCAUGCUGCCUGGAACACAACUGCAGCCCAUAACAACAUUCCCAGUGACGCCCUCUCUGGCAACGAGUCCCAGCAUGGCAUUCAGUCCAUAUCUGAGCCACAUGGGCCCAGCGAUGGGUUUGAUGCCUGAGCUGCUGCCCAGCACUCCCCUGCUCGUCCCCGGGAGUCCUACCGGUCUGGCAGCCAUGGGAAAUGGCACCUCCGCACAAAAACAUGUGCGCACAGACAAGCUGGAGGUUUGCAGAGAAUUCCAGCGCGGGAACUGCACGCGAGGUGAGAACGACUGCCGCUACGCUCACCCCCUGGAGGCGGGCAUGGUGGACUGCAACGAGAACUCGGUCAUUGUCUGCAUGGACUACAUUAAAGGCCGCUGCAGCCGAGACAAGUGCAAGUACUUCCACCCUCCAGCUCACCUGCAGGCCAGAAUCAAGGCUGCACAGCACCAAGCCAGUCAAAACACCCCGUCCUCAGGCUUGGGAGAGUGUUUUCUGUACACCCAUCACUACCUGCAGGAGCCUGUGCUGAAAGAUAACCACUGCUUUCAUUCAUAUGCUUCUCUUCAUGGCCAGGGUCUGCCUCCAGGGGCCGUGCAGCCGCUACCAAAGAGGCCCGUCUUAGAGAAGAGCAAUGGAGCUGCUGCCACCGUCUUCAAUCCCAGCAUGUUCCACUACCAGCAAGCCCUGGCUAACAUGCAGCUCCAGCAACCAGCCUUUAUCCCCACUGUUCCCAUGAUGCACGGUGCCACCACCUCCACUGUUUCGUCGGCCUCGACCCCAGUCACCAAUGUUCCUUUCGCUGAAUCUGCCGCCUCGAAUCAGACCCCUCGGAGCUUCUGACUUCAGAUCCGGUGGAGCUCCAGUGCAUUCCCAUGGAAACCCAUUUCUGCCCCGUCCCCAAACUGCUGGUGGCGGCUCCUGUGGCACUAAACUCAGUAAGCCUUUCCCGAAACCCCAGUUAAAGUCCCGUAAACCCCGAGCACUGCAGCAAACAUGUGCCUCGCCCACAGUGCACACCGACUGAUAUCAUGUUGUGAACAUAAGAGAGCUGCGAUGGUUCAUGCAAUACAGACCUGGACGUAUUACCGUUGCUUUAAAGCAGCCACCCUGAUGCAUAAUGACUCGAUCGGGCCGAGCAAUAGAGCUCCCUCGUCCUUACAGCCAUACAUGCCCACACCUUAAAAGUGCAGCACUCGUGCGCACACAUAAACACACACACACACACACACACACACACACACACAUAUAUUCAAGACUAAAUGCCCUUUAUGGGUCGGAGCCAUCACACGAGGCCACCCAACACAUUUGACUGUUCCAAAGUCAGAAACUCUGAGAAGUUCAUUGUAGAAAAUUCAGACGGACCAGCCGCCGGUCUCCAACCAUGACGCGCUGUCAAAGUGAAAGAGUGUUUCAUAUCAUGUCACGUUUACGUUUGAAGAUGAGUGCAAAUGUGACGUUUGUGUUGUACGACGUGUACCGCUCAGUCUGUCAUCAUGGUCUCAUCUUGCCUGGUGAUACAUCAGUAAGGGGUUGUUGUUCAUUUGUUUGUGCCUUUGAUUUUUUCUGCUCAGCUGCAGAGGAGACUUAGUGUCCCAAAAAUAAUUCAAAAGAAGAAUUAGUUACGUAAAUAGAGUGUAUUAGCCUGUAGCUGCUAUUGGGAUAAAGUCUACUGGUUACAGCGAACAGCUCUUAAAAUGUAUAUUAGAGUUUUCUAAAUGCAAUGAAUGAUUCGUCCCCCUGUUUUAUUGAAAAAUAUAGACCAGGUGAGAGUAACUUAGUAUAUAAUUACUUCUUAUAAAGAAGAUGGGAUGAGGGAUAUCUUUAGCAUGUGUUAAAUAAACUGCCUUAAAGCAGCUGAGGUCAUGUUCUCUAUGUAAGGGCCCCUCUCUGUAUAGUACUCUCCAGUAAUAGACCAGACAGCUCCAGUCAUUGAAACUGAUAAACCUGAGCUGUGAAGCUUCUUGAAUCGUGAUUUCCGAUCAGUGAUUGUUUUUCCUUUGUGAUGGGUAACUGUGUAACGACUAAAAAAGGAAAGGUUCGUCCCGUUUCCUCUGUGAUUUGAAACCCGAACACCAGGCUUUGCUCGCCGAUUCUGUGUGUGUUCAGCUCGCCUGUACUCUUAUUCAAAACAAAAUGCUAUUCCUGAGUCAGAUCUGUGACAGAGUUUUAUAAAUGCCACUUAAACUUUUACACCUGAUGUCAGUUAUUGCACAAGAUGGAAGCGAGAUCGGUUUCCUUUUGUUGUGCCUAAAGUCUGCGGUAUAUGCAAGGAACUGCCCGUUUAAUGCAAUAUCUGGAUAAAUCCUCCAAAUAAAUGUUUCCCUCUCUAAUGCAGAGAUGUAUUUUAAAAGGCUGUUUGUUUGUGUAAUUAUCUCCUUUAAUGUGGCUUUUGGACUAAAUAAGUGGCACAAGAUUUUUAUGUUUUAUGGCUCUGCAGGGAGAAAGCUUGGAACUUGAAAAUGUCCUGUCUGACUUUAAAAUGUCAUGUCUUUCUACUGCUGUCCUGUUUGUCAAAAACGACGAGACUCUAAAUGUUCUUAUAACCAGAAUCAAGUUGUAGAAAAGGAUGAACAAUUCUCAUGCUUGAUGUCUGAUGGUGAAAAAAAUUUUAUUUUAUUUUUUUUUGGCUUUCGAAUGUGUAAGGAAUUGCUUUGUAGGUGUGUACAAAAAAAUGAACUUAACAGCUUUGGAAACUGGGCUGAAAUCACUUAUAUCCAAAUUCAAAUGUGCCUCUUUCAAGUCUCCUCAAACAAAACUGUCAGUACACUGUAAGACCAGACCAGUGCUCAAAGACAGAUGUGUUAUUUGGUACAUUAUCAUAAUAGGAAAUCACAUUUGUAUUAGUUUCUUCUCUGAGACAGCUGUGCUGUCUUACUGUUAAUGUAAGGAAAUAAAUCAGAGAGUUGUGUGCAUACAUACGUGUGUCAGAAAAGACGAUGGAUCACAUAUUUGGUUAAUUGUAAAUGCUGCAGAUAUUACGACAUCCCCCAUUGAACAUUAUUCAUUUUAAAUAAUGUUAAUGUGUCGUGAAUGUAUCUAAUGCAAAAACUUUACACAUGCCCUUCUAAAAGACAGGCAUGCUGAAAUGUAAUGGUUCACUCUAUAUAGACUAUUUCAGAGGUCACAUACUGUAGGUACCAUGAUGAAACUGUGUUAAGACAUAUUAAAGUAUGUGUAUUGUUAUAUAGAUUUAUAUUUAAUGUUAAUGGGUGGUGUGACUACUUUUAGAAAUAUCUUUCACUGUCAGAAAAGGUAGAGCAGACUGCUGUACUCUUUGAAGUACAAAUGUACACAAUUCAGGUACAUUUCAGUACCAUUUAUUGCUAGUCAGUUUUUCUACCCCGACCCUCUGUAGUAUCCAAAGCACUAUAAACAAAGCAUAUUAUCAUUAGGCAGAAAGUCAGCAUGCUACCUUUUUUCUCACAUGUAUUUCCCUUGUGGUCCCAGUACUGCAGCCCUGAUUCUGUUAACUUUUGGUGUGGAAAGGCUUUGUGGAGACAUAACUGUGCAGAAAACCCACCCAGCCAGAGCUGCAAGUGCAGCACCAGGUAUAAUCCUGGGAUUAACCCUCAUUUUGGGCGUGUAAAAGCUUUUUCCUCCUUACCACCUGCAUGCCCCAAAUAAGAGAGGUGGCGUAUUUGUGGCAGUUUAAGAAAAAGUACACAUAUCUGCUUACUUUUUUUAAAGACAGAAGAUCUGAGCUGCUCUUAUGUUUCUGUGUUAAUACUAAGCUUGAAAGAGCUGCUAGUUAACACAGAGAAAAGGCCAGCACACCUUAAUAAACAGUUGUGCAAAAACAACCACGUUACACAUUGUGACUGCUUGAGAACAGUGAGGUUACCAGGCAACCAACAAUAUAACCCAGAUGGAUUGUAAACUGUUCAUGAAGAAAUAAUUACAGGAGGAAAACAUCUACAAAACUACGGAGUUUAUGUCCAUUUUAAAGAUUAAAUGUGUGAUCUUGUAUGGAAGGUGUUUACACCUUUUAGAUAACUAAAAGUUAGCUUUUGGAUAAACUGUGUAAUGUUUGUAAUAACUUAAGCCAACUUAAACAAGAAUAGAGUGCCCUCUAUAAGUACGUUAACAGAUAUUAUUGACAAUUUAUGCAUCUGAAGUUGAUAUUAAAGCACAACAAUGAGACAAAACAAUAGGUGGCUUUAGCUCUUAUAUAGAAUAUAAGUAAGUAAGUAAAGUUUAUUUAUAAAAGCACUUGUCACAGAAAAUAAGUUAUAAAGUGCUUGGCAAAAAAAUAGUCUAAAAUAAAUAAAAACUGGGAAAAAUCACAAUAAAAUAUAAUAGAAAAUUAUAGACGUAUAAGUAAAUGUCAUCUGCAUAGAAACGAUAAGAAAUUUCUGUAAAACCCUGAAUGAUGCCAGCUACAGUAAGAAAGCAGAAAGAAAAUAAUAAUUGGCCCAGGAUUGAGCCUUGCGUUUAUCUGAGCCUUGCAAAUAAAUAAGAAGAAAGUCAGUCAAAUGGAAAGCAUAGCUCUACUAAGGAAAGUAUCAUGGUCGACAGUAUCAGAGGCUGCACUGAGGUCAAACAGACCGAGCAGAGAACAAAUCCCUACAUCAGAAGCCGUAUGAAAGCAUGUUUACUGAACAGCGAAAAGUUAGCCUACAGUAAACGCUACUGAACUGGUCUACAAAUAUCAAGAUGCAUAACUAUCUAUUUAUGUGCUGUUUGUGUAUUAAAUAGCACAUAAUAAAAGCUAAAGCCAGUCUGUAUUUUAUCUCAUGCAAUGCUUUCAUCCUAAAAUGCUAAAACAGAGGUUUAAAAUAUCUAUUUCAAUCUGCAGUUUACAUACUUUUAGAGGACACCUUAUUUGUAAUAACCUAAUACCAGAUAAUUUAUCUGUGUAGCUCCACUUUGUAUGGAAACAGGCUAGUGCCCCAUACAGCUGGUUUAAGCUUCAUAUUUACUAUACAGACAUAAGAGUGAUAUAAAAUCUUGUGAAUAAGUGUAUCUCCCAAAAUACUUGAAUAAAGUAUUUUUAAAGUAUAGCUGACUUUCUAUCUGCAUGGUGGAUCAAACAGUAUGUAGGCUCAUAGCUGUCUCUAUGAACCUGAUGAUCAGAAUGUCCAGACAGGUCCCUUUUUCUAAAGACUAGCUUCGUCCAGCCAAGAGAAUCCCCUCCUUAAGUGACCCUACCCGUAACAUCAGUAUGCCUUCACUGACAACCGUCCAGCUGGAAAAACAGAAUACUUGAUUAAUAAACUGUGCCUCUCGAGGGCAUUUGAGGUUUUUAAAUACAUUUAAAUGUAUCUAUUAAGGCUCAAGAGUGUAUUAAUUUGAGGAUUGUGGAGCACCAUGAGAAAAAAAAAAAGUUUUUACCUCUUAAUUUUGUUCCCUCAUUCAUUCUCUUGUACUUGAUUAACUUUGGGCCUGGUUGUAAUUUUUUUUUCCACACGGUCCUGAAUCAUAACUGUUCAACGUGUGCAGAGCUCUGAUCUUCGCUGUCCUGUGAUCAGAUCCUUCAGCAUGUGGACACAGUUAACUCAGUCCUGAGAAUACAAACAAAGGGCCUUAAUCCUUGAUCAUAUGUGACAGCUGUGUAUGAAAAUGUAUUAAAUGUAAGAUUUUUUUUUCUGACAUAAAAAAAACUCGGCAUGAAAAUAAUAAUAACAAUAAUGAUAACAAAAAAAUCAUUUAUAUGUAGUUAAUAGUUUGUGUAGACCAAUAUGAAAAACAUUAUGAUAUGAAAAUCGUUUGUACACAAUGAUGGAGUCAUUGUUAAUGGUAAUAGUUGCUGUUGCUAUGGCAACAAAAUGACAACAUGGCUACCUUUUUAUUAUCCUAAUAGUGAUUUUUUUUCCACAAUAAUUGAGAUGACAUACAGCACUAACUUAUCCGAAAAGGGAAUGUCUAAUUAUUAGUUUGUCUUGUUGCAACGUGAUUGAAACAACUUAAAUCCUUGUAAUAUCCAAAGGUCCUUAGGGGAGAUCAGGCGUUUAUUUUGUUUUGUUUAUUUGACGUUCAUUUUAUAUUUAGGUUUUUUUCUUCUUGUACAUGGUGUUUUUGAGAAAUAGGAAUGAACUCUGGCUUUUAGAGCAAACAUCUGUCAGGGAGGUAAAGAGGCCCUUGGACUAACUGGAAGAUCUUUUUCUGUGGAGGCGAGCAGUUUUUGCCGCUUGCCUCCUGCAGACUGAGAGAUCUGGCUCUACUUUUGGCCAAGAAGGUGGUCUCGAGGUCUCUUACUGCCCAGCUGUGCUGGGUGAUGUCGAUCCUCACUGAGGUGUAUACGAAUGUGUGAUGUUCACCUUGUUUGCACUUAUGUACAUAACUAUGUCAGAAUACUCAAAAUUUAUUUUGAAUAAAUACAGAUAAAAGAGUCAAUUAAAAAAAAUCUAAUCAAUAUAUUGUUAACGAUAUGUCUAUUGUUUUCUUACAUCUGCCCUUUUGUUUGUUGCUAGAGCCCUGUUCUUUGCUAAGCAUGGCACUGCCUAGCUGUAAACUACAAAUGAUUUGCUUUAAAAAGCUCUUUUUUUCAGUUCAGUUCAGUUGAUUGAUCCUCUGUGGUUUAAUAAUAUGCGACCCUGACAUCAAACAGGAGAGGUGGAUCAUAUGUAAGAACCUAAUCUGAGCAGAUGACAUGCAGACACAUUCCUCUCUCCAGUAAAGCACCGAAAUAAAGCACAGAGUAGCUCCAUCUGCAGGCUGAAAAACAAAAUAGGAGCCGAUAUUAAAUCUGACCACAGAGGAACAGAGAUUUAAAUUCUCCUUCAUCUCUGUCAUUUUGUAAUUUUUUUUUAAACUCUCCUGUUUCCUGUCAUUAACCAAAACAACAAUAAAUCUGAAUUCUCCUCAGGAUUUUAGACUAAAUUGCAAACAAACGGCUUUUCCAAUAUUUUCCUCUCCCAGCAGCAGCAGCAUCCUCACAUGACUCUGGUUCUGCUGAUUUGAACAUGUGAUGCUCUUUAUUUGCCCCCAAAGCCAGCGAUUUUGUUGCCAUGGCACUUCUCCUAGUGUCGGACUGACUGAGUCAUCCUGGAGAAUCGGUUCACAGCCCUCUGACUGUUGAAUAUUGACUUCAAAGAGUUUGUGAGCAGGGACGGGUCUCUGAACGACGUGUACCCACAACUCACCAAAGCUUCUCUACUGACUCACCAGCUCCCCUCAUCAUUGCUGUCCCAGUUUAAGUACAUGCUGUGGAUUUUAAAUCACUGUAUUGUUACGAUUCAUUUUAGUUGUGAUUGUGCCUUUAAUGUGCAAACUGGACUUUUAGGUUCUACAUCUCACUGACUAAAACCGCCACGUGAACUGAGCGUGUGCCAAUCAUAUCAAUUUAAUUACAUCCUCUGUUGAGUCCACAACUUAUUUUUUAAAUUGGGUACAAUCGCCGACUGAACGACACCCCGUGAAAGAUGAUGAGGGCCAAAGACUGUUCAGGACUAAGCCAUAAAAAACUCUGACACUCUUGGGCAGACUUGAACGUGACUGCUGUUUCUUUGUUUCACUCUGUUUUCUGCUUGUGGUGCUUGUAUGUGCUGCUGUGCUACAUGCCAAUUUAUUUUGCAGUGUAUAGCUAAUUAUGAGUAAGUUACUGUGCCUAUGAUGAGUUCUGCAAUUUCUGUUUGACCUAAAUAAAACACUUCAUUGUGA